AUGGAGUUGUAUUCAUCGUCUUCACUGUCUUCAUCAACUACAACCACUCCGAAUCAUGGAUCCCCAACCUUGACUAUGAAUCAUAACCAUUGUCACACCAACAACAUCAACAACGCUACUGAAAUCAAUUCUAUUGUAAAGAUAGAACAAAUCGAUCAACCAUCAACAUCAUCAUCAUCAACAUCAUCAUCAUCAUCAUCAUUAUCACCAUCACCACCAACCGUUCAACUGUCAUCCCCAAAUCAAUUAGUAGAGGCUGCAGUAAUUAUUUGUUCAAAUCCCCUUGUAAAAGAGGAUCAUUUAAAUCAUCAUAGUCAUCAUCAACAUACCAUUGUAAAGAGUAAUAGUAUUGGUAACAUUGAAACUAUAUCAUCACCACCACUUGUAUCUGGACAACCAUCAUUGUCAACAUCAACAACAUCCAUACCAUCAUUUUCAUCAUUUAAAUUGAAUACUAGCUAUAGUGUUGGGAAAGGAUUGUCAUGUCCCAAUUUUGGUUCAUCGUCGUCAUCACCAUCUAGACAAUUUGAUCUUCAACGAGAAUUGGAUAUACGAAUGUUGGAAGUUCAAAAAAAGGAAGAUGAAAUCCAACAAUUAAAGUUGAAUAUUGGUCAAUUGACAGAACAAUACUCUGAAACAUUGGACUUUUGUUGUGUCUACUCCAACGACCUUUCAAAACUUCGUAAAGAAUUACAUCAAGUUAAAAAUCAAUUUGUACAAAGAGAAGAACAAUAUAAGAAACAAGUAUCAGAUCUUCAACAUAAAAUCUAUAGUUUACCAAAACAUGUCAAAUAUUUAGACAAUAAUGUAGAUUUAAUAUGUUUACUAUUAACUUGUAAAAAGUUUUAUUAUAAUCAAUUAAGAGAACGAUCAAUCAAGUUUAAACAUAUCGUCGUUGUUAAUCAUGAUGAUCAAGAUGAAGAUCAACAAGAUAAAGAUAAAGGUCAUCAAUUUGAUACAUCUUAUAUGGAUUUAGUGGAGACGGUUGAUCAAUACCGGUUACAUUCAUUUAAAGAUAUCUUUCAAAACACACUUGCUGAUCAUUAUUUCCAAGUCAACGAUCCAAUGGUACAAUUGAGAUAUUAUCAUGAUAUGCCUUCAUGGAUCAACAAAGAAUCUUCUCCAUCUUCAUCUUCUUCUUCAUCUUCUUCAUCCUAUUCAGAAGAGAAUCCAAAAACAACAGUAUAUUUGGUAACUCAACAAUAUAAAACGUUCAACUUACCAUCAACUACACAAACAAUGUACUUUGAUCUAUGUCUUAGUGGUGGUUUUGGAAGGGUUGAUAUUCCCUAUGCAGUACCACCCAACUUUAUGCCAUCGGAUCUCAAUCGACUAGUACUCCGAUCCGAUCGAUCAAAGAUCAACGAGUACACCUUACCAAACAGUUUAAAGUCAUUGUCAUUGACACUGCUCAACAGCAACAUCAAUGAUGAGGUUGACAUCCCAUUCCCUCUUUGUCUCGAACACCUGUGGAUAUCAAAGAGAUUCAGUCCUUUACAAAACCUAAAGUUAAAUAGUCUUGUAUCUCUACGGUCGUUGACGGUAUCUGGUGCUAUUCAAUUGGAAAAGGGUGUCUUACCAAGUACUUUGACAAAGUUGGAUCUUCCUCAAUGUCAACAAGCACCACCAGACGAUUUCUUUUACUCGUUGACCAAUCUAGUGGAUUUAAGAGUAACAAUCAAAAGAGGAGCUGAAUCGGAACAACAACGACCAAGAGUUCUCUUUGACCUCCAGAAUAAUCCAAAUCUCGAAUCAUUCACACUCAAAGAAGAAUUUGGAUUUGGAAUGUUUGAUAAUGAUUUUGAAGUCUUGUUCUCUGCUCGUCCUUGCAAACUCAAACAUUUAUCCAUUCCCAAACAGACAUUGGUUAAUGAGUAUCCCGACACACUAGAGUCAUUAGAGGUUGCUUUACCGGCAUUGAUCAAGGCAAAUGUAACUACACUACCUUGUUCGCUACGUAGUCUUUGGUUGGGUGUGUAUGAGGUACCAGUACCCACUAAUCUCAUUCCUGACAGUGUUCAACACCUCACAUUACAUAAAUUGGAUUUAAAUACAAAGAUUGUGUCGGAUGGAUUUACAUUCCCAGAUUCAAUCAAAAAGUUGGUAUUGUUAAACCUACCUCAUAAAGAGUACGUCAGUCUCCAACUACCUAAAUAUUUACAACAAAUUAAAUGGGAUUGGAACAAGGUACCUAGCAAGUUACCAGAACACAGAACCACUUUAAAAGCAACACACUUUCCAUCAACUCUUGAAUCGAUUGAUUAUUCGCGACUCACGAUGAAAUGCGAGAUUCAACUUCCAACACAAUCAACCAUCUCUUCAUUAUCAAUCUUUUUUUCUUGGACAGAGUUUGUAUCUCGAACAACUGUAUUUUCAUUGUUCAAGGUACCAGGCAUUGCCUUGGCUGAUCAGCCAUUCCCACCAACGAUCAAACAUUUAAAAUGCGUGAUUGGAGGUACUCCAAACGAACCAUUUAUAUUUAGAUUGGAUGAAAUAUUUAAUCGAACCAAUAUAGAUGAAUUACAGAUUCAAAUACGUUCCAAUACAUGGAAUUAUUCUAUUAGAAGAUUGGAUGCAACCAAUAUUUUAUUUAUAGAAAAAAAUACAAUCGGUGGUUUGAUCAAACAAACCAUUUUAAAGAAUGAAAAUGGUGAUGAUGAUGAUCAAUAUCAACCAAUUUAUCUUUAUAGAUAUGAUCCAUCUUCACCAAUGAUUCUAAAAAGAGAUAUAUUUAAAAAAUAA